CUUCCAUGCCUGCGCAUCUCCCAGUCGAAAUCGUCGAGCAGGUGCUCGACUCCCUUACCCCUGCAGCGGACACGCGAACGCUCGGAGCUUGCGGACUCGUCUGUCCGGGAUGGAACCCCCGCAGCCGCCACAUCAUGUUUUCCAGCCUCGUGCUCUCUCCGCGGAACAUCGUCGCAUUCCAAAAGCUGUUGAUCUCGCCGCAGUGCACACUGGCAACGUCUGUAUUCGCCCUCUGCAUCGACGCGUCGCCGGAGGAGUCGGAUUCUGAUGCGCUCGAUUUACCGUGUUCAUCCCACGCACUUCUGGCCUUCGUGAACAGUCCCCUCUUCGCUCUUCUAUCAGGCGCACAGUCUCUCCAUCUCCGUAACUUCGACUGGACCCGUCUUCCACCUGCGUCCCAGGCACAGUUGGCCCGGAGCCUGUCGACGCUGUCAGGCAUCCGCCAGAUUCAUAUCGACUCUUGCUCCUUCCACGACGCGGCGAUCCCUUUGAGUCUGGCAAGCAUGUUCCCCCUCCUCCACUCUGUCCGAUUCCAGGCGCUCUCGUUCUCAAAGUACCUGGACUACAACCUUGCCGGUGCUGCAUCCUUCCGCAUCCCAGCCAACUGGUCAACGAUCGAAGUCGAUGCCGGCGAUACCGUUCCGGUUGUCACGGCCUGUGUGCACGCCAAUCUGAGUUUCGGGUGGAGUGCCGUGCGGCAGCUGAUCCUGCGCAACGCACAUCCCGCUCAUCGAGAGCAUGUCGAGGGGCUUCUGAGAUGUAUACGAGAACGGGGGGCGGAUGUAUCCGUCGUCGCUAGCUAUGCGGAACCCUGGCAGAAGAGUUAAUCUAACAUCCAAAUCACGUGAGCGCGUAGGAAUCAGAGUCGGGUUGGCGUUCGUCUCCAGAGAGCGUUCUUGACUUCACAUCUGGUCGGAUUGCCCUGGCCAAACAGAAACUGAAAUUUCCGGCUGCUGAGUCGAGUAUCCAUUGAAACAUCGCAAAUAUCUCGGAUCUCAUCCCUAUAGUUUCCAGCUUCAUUGACUUUCCGUAGAGAGACAAAGAGCCCAGAGGCUCUGAGGGACAUAAUCUGUUCAAUUAAGCAGACUAAAAGUAGAUAAUUCGUUUUGGAAACCAGCCGUCUCUUUCGUUGUGGGCAAGUCAACGAAUCUAAUACACAAGAACGAG